GUGCGGCGCGUCCCCGGGCACCGGCCGGACGCCGUGCCGCCGCUCCCGGCUCGGGCCCUUCGCGGGCUGCCGCUGUCCUGCUCCGUCGCCGCAGCCGCUGCUGUGCGUGCCUUAUUGGGGGCCGGUAGCACGGCUCCCAUUAUGGUCAGCCAUGGCGUGGCUGGCGGGCGGGCUGGCCGAGCUGCGCUGGUAUGCGCUGGUCGCCCUCUUCGUGGCGGCACUGGCCACCCUAGCCGUCUACCUGGUGCAGUAUGUGUUGCUGGCCCUGCGGCGGGGCCGGCCGCCGCCUGCGCCGCUGCCGCCGCCACCGCCGCCGCGGCGGGACGAGCUGCUGGAGGAAGGCGGGUCGGUGCUGGCCUGGGCGCUGUCGCUGGGCAGCUGGCGGCGGCAGUGGCGGCGGGCCUGGGUGGCGGCGCUCAACGCCGAGGCGGCGGUGCGGGCGGAUUCACAGUUGCUUACGUUUGAGGAAGAUGAUCCACCAGAACCACUUGAGCUAGCAGUAAAACAAGUUGUUAGUGUUGUAAAGUCAGCUCAAGAGAAGGUGGUUUCUUGUAAUGUUGUUGGAGAUUCUGUUACAUUUGUUGUCACUGUCUCACAAACUUCGCCUGCGACCACAGAAGGUCAAUCAUACAGUGUGAAACUGUCUCCACUUCACUUGCAGCUUCAGCUCUAUGUGAAAGACAAAGGAGAAGAUGUCAAAGUUGAGUGGUUCCUCAUUAACGCCGAUGAAACCAACUUUGAAAUCCAGCCAACAGUGCAGGAGGGACAAACAGCAGGCACAUGUGCAAUAUCUGAAACACUCGGAGAUGUUUUGAAGAACCUGUUUAGCUCAGUUUCUCCGUCUGUAGUGUUGAGUACGAGGCCUACAGAUAUAAAAGAUGUUCAGGAUAUGCAGAAGACAAGUCUUCUCCCUCAGGGCACUAGUCCACCUAAACCUCCAAGGGCUCAUGAACUCAAGCUGCUGGUGAAGAACAUUGCGGUAAACCUAACUGAUCAUAGUGCUGCAGGCAGCACAAACCUUGCAUGUAUAGUUCAGUUGAAUGACCCUAUGCAGAAGUUUUCCAGCUCUGUAGCCAAUAAUACUGCAAAUCCCUUUUGGAAGGAAGAGUUUAUCUUUGAACUAAGUGCCAAAUCAAAAGCAUUGCAGCUGCAAAUAGUAGAAGAUGGAAAGUUGGAUAGUCCUUUGUCUGCAAAGGCGACUGUACCUCUGGACUUGUUCAGGAAACAACCUUCUGGGCAGCAAAGCUUUACACUGAACAGCAGUGAGAGCAGCCCAGAGCCAGGGCCCGGGCUGGGAUCCAUUAGUGCAGAGUUCUCUUUUAUAGAACCCAGUGAAUUAAAGACAUGGCAAGUCUCUUCUCCAGUGCCAGCCACUAAGAUAGAAAAGGACCGCACUGUGAUGCCCUGUGGGACUGUAGUAACUACUGUAACUGCUGUGAAAACCAAACCUCGUCUAGAAGGGAGGUCAUCUCCACUGAGCACAGAUUCUCCAGUGAAAACACCAGUCAAAGUAAAGAUGAUUGAAAAGGAUUUCUCUAUUCAGGCUAUACAUUCUCAUGGUGCUCCAGUCAGCAAAACUUUAUCAUCUUCAGAUACAGAACUACUGGUACUGAAUGGCACCGACCCUGUUGCAGAAGCAGCUAUUCGGCAGUUAAGUGAGUCUGCAAAACAGAAGAUGAAAUCUCCUAGAAAGAAAAGCACCAUAAUCAUAUCAGGAGUGUCCAAGACCUCUUUAUCUCAGGACAGUGAAGCUGCACUGAUGAUGGACUAUGCUGCAGCCAUGGACAGCUCCUGCAAGGAAGUAAAUCCACCUACUGAGUUGGAAGCUGUUACAAAAGUCACCUCUGAUGAAAAGGUAUCAUCGGGUGCUUCAGAAAUAAUACCUGAUACUGACACACAACGAAGCAUCCACAAGGCUUGGGGUUUGGAGAACGGCAGCCAACAGUGGGACACCAACACACUCUUAGACCAGACCUGUGAAGAAACAUCUGGGAGCUCAUUAAGUGUUUCAGAAACUGGGAGCAUGAAAAAAUCCAAAGGUGGGAUUUGGAAAAAAAGCGCCAAGCUCUUCUUCCGACGACGGCAUCAUCAGAAGGACCCGGGAAUGAGUCAGUCUCACAACGAUCUCAUCUACCUGCAGCAGCCACUGUCUGAGGAAGCGCGCAAGAAAGGAGGCACGCUCUCACGGAUUCUGAACAGAAAGCUCCUGUCCAAAAACAAAAGCAAAAGCAAACUGAACGGUGCUUCGGCAGAACCGUACAUGUGAGGCUGAACACUCUCUGGUGGGAUACUUGAACGUCAGCUGACCAUUUGUUUACAGAGCAGCACUAGAGAAUACAGAUACAGCUGAUGACUUACAUAAAAUGACGUUUGCUAGUACCGUGGUCCAGGAAUAAACAGAAAGCUUGUCUUUUUUGUUUAUUUUUCUGAUGAUGAAGUUGCUCCUCCAAAUACAAGCAGCGCCAAUUGUAGCAUGACAGCUUUUGGAGGACCACCUGGUUCGUUGUAGAAGAUGAGGGAGAACAGGGAAUGGUGCAGGUGGGGAAGACCGGCAUGUAAGCACCUAGUUUACGUUACAUUAACAGCAAGCUAAGAACUGAAACACCAUACUAUAAAUUCACUAUAAAGAGAGAAGAUGCCGCUGUGCUUCCUUACUGCAGCCUGCAAUAGUAGCAACGCAAGUCUCGACUUGCUUUUCUAGUCAGGCUGAAAAGGAAAAGAGAGCCAGAUCCAGUUUGUAUUGUAAUUUGGAAACGGGUAAGUCUUCAGAAGCAGAACUAAAACGCUGAUUAAGAUAGCCUACUGUAAUCACUGUAGCCUGCUGUAAUAACUGCUCAUUCCAUGUAGGUGGAGAGUUGCCUUUGAUAUUAGCCAUAAAUCAACAAAUUAUGCAAAAACUUAUACUAGCAUAUUGUUUCAUGUUCUGUGCAUAAGUUGUGCUUAAAAAAAAAGCAGAACUUUUUUUAAAGGCUACUUGAGUCUACUUGAGAACAAAACAUUUACAAAUUCAUAUAUGUAGCUUUUCUUCCCUGUGUGAGAAGCUGUGCUGCUAAUGCAAGAACCUGUCUUAGGGGCUCUAAUUCCUUCUCCCAAGUACUUGUUAAACAAGUAUAUUAACCAUCAUAUCAAAUGCAAAGCUAGGAGCAAUAAGUGAUGACUAGAGCGUAUUUAACCCUAUUAUGCUUUUCACUAGACAGCUUGUUUUAUUUGUCAGACACUUACUAAGAUCUUAGAAAACACAGUUGUGAAGAGAGAUUUUUAUUUUAAAAUAAUAAUAGUAAUUCCCUUAGUUGUCUUUCAGUUUCUAGAUCCUACCAGUGUUGUUACGUGGUGAGUGGUUGGUUGGGUGAGUUUUUUAACAUUUUUUUUCCCUCAUUAAAUAUUGCAGCCGGCUCCUUUGAAUUGAAAGGAAAAACUGAUGAAAGUAAAGGCACAGUUCUUGUUUUGGCUGUUAAGAAGAGUUAAAUGUCAAAUUUCACAGGCACCAUCUUCCAUGCAUACCUGUACUUUUCCAUCAUCUACAUUCCUACUGAGGUCAAAGGACCGAGCCUGUUCUCUUUAGCCAAGAAAAACAUCCAUUCCAUCUAAAUUACUGGCAUGAAUGGAUGAUAGAUUUCUGCCUGCCUGCUUUGCCAACAGUGGUUUUACCCAUCCCCCUCUCCUUCUCUGAAUUGAACCAAACACUUUGGAAGGUAUUUAGGCUUUCAACUUAAAUGAGGCUUCAAAACUAGAAAGUCACUGAAGAACAGAAACCCAUUUCAAAACUUCUGAUGGACUCUAGCUUCUUUGGUAAAUACUUCUCCAAAGAAUACAAAAGUAAUGGGGUUUUGGUUUCUUUUUCACUAAGAAAAUAUUAGAAGAAAUGAACUGUCAAAAUCUUUUAACUGAGCCUGAUGUUUAAAAAUACCUUUUACCUGUAACCUCCUAAAAUCACUGUGGUAGUACAGCAGUCCAGACUAUCAAAUAGUUGUACAUUUAAGCAUGCUGCUUAUUAUGAAAACACUUGAAGGCGUUUUAAUACUCUGUAUUUUGAAAACUGGUUACAAAUGCGUCUUCUAGAGCUGUAAUGUGCUUAGAAAUCCCAGUUCAGUAAUGCAGGUUUGUCCAACUUGCGUGUGCUUGAACACUGUUGUUUACUGUUAAUUUAAUACGAAGCAGAAGUUAGAUUUCUUCAUUUGUUCUACGCUGGUUCAUGAUAUAAGCAUUAAAAAAAUGAUAUUUUGUUCUCUCAACAUACACUUUUUCACUUGACUUUACUAGGGAAGGGUGGGGAGUCAAAUCCCUACCAUGUUUUAAAUGCUCAGUCUUCUUUCCUGAGGGAGAAAACCACACAUUAGUCACUGACUUCAAAAAAUCAAAGGGAGACUGAGCACCCCUUACACUAAAAGCAAAGAGCUGUGAAAUUGCAAAUGUAAAGGGAGCCCAUAACACUACUUCAGGUCUGCUUAAAUUACAGAACUGGGAUUUUAAUUUAUGGAGGUUUUAUUGUGUAUUAUAGAAUGGAGUGGAAAUAACACUUUCUUAAGGUCCUGGUGAUUGCCUAAAUGCAUGUCUUGAUGGUGGGAACCAAGAACAUUUUAUACUGCAAACUGUGAGGGUUUGUGCUUGCACAUAUUGAGAGCGGAUGGAUUAUUAAGAUGGGGAGAGCAAGGGGGAAAAAAGGGAAUUUGUUUUUUAGUUGCCUUCACUCCUCAGGAAAAUAAACAUCAUUUGGUUUGAUGUUUGGCCUCCAUAUUGAGCUGAUGUGUUCCUCACCUCUUCCCACUCCUCUACAAAUGAUUUAUGUCCUAUUAUAAAAACUAGCUAAGGUACUAAACAAAAAGGGACAACUGAGUCACUCAGUCAUGACAACCCCAAAGGCCCACUAUGUUGGAUCCCAUUGUUCCCUUCCAAGAUGAUGAGAUUGUCAUUUAAGAUCGGGAGAUCUGAGUAUGUACAUUUUUUAUGUACUAGUAUUUAGUUCAGCAUGAGUUAGGUCCUGAAAACCAGGUUUGGGUCAGGAGGACUGGAUUUGUAAACUGGCGUAACUAACACUGUGAUAUAUCCUGUCAGAUGCUGAAUAUCUCCUGUGCAGUUGUAUGAGGGGUGCCAGAGGGAAUAAUUUUGCUCUCUUAUGCUUCAUAAUUUUAAUAACUACACAUUUGAAGAGUAGAGCAAAUCUCUGCAUAUUAAGACUGAAAACUCUUUGGUUUCUGCCUUCCAAUUUAAUUACUUCAGAAUAGCAGCCUAAAAACAAACUAUGAAAUCUUUCUUCCUUUUUGCCUCUUAUGCUUCUGUGUUUCUGGAUGCUCUGUACAGCAAAGAAGACAUUUUAUGAGGACUGAGAGAGGAAGGUUUGCUUUUGCUUUCUAAAGAAUUUUUCUACCCAUAAUUGAACCUUCUUAAUCUCUGUGUGUGAUUUGUUUUGCUUUAUGGCAUUUUAGCUUUUCUUUUGCCUUGAUGGAGAUCAACCUGCAUCCUUACCUAACCAAGAUUUGCCUUGGCUUUAGUGUGAAUUUUGACAGAGUAAGUAGUACAAGAGUUAUUCUUUGAAGCAAUAAACUACCUACUAUCUCAAGUGUGAAUAUAAGCUAGGUGACUUUUUUAAAGUGACUGAGGUUGCUUUAGAAGUCACUUUAAAGAGGAGGGGGUACUUUAUCCUUUGAUCACCGGUAUUUGAUAACCAGUUCACCGCGGGAAGGAAUGACAGUCAUUUCACUCCUAAAACUACAUAUGAAACCCAUAAGCCUUAGGCGGUAGGAAGAAGGAGGAAUGCUGUUGGGGCAAAAAAAGUUCAUAUUCAUUUAGCAGAGCAAAAUAUCUUUAGCAAACUUCAACUUAAUGGGCAGGUCAUAAACUGUGUGAGCAUAAAUACCGGGCUUUACUCUUACACUUUGUUAGAUUUUCUUUUUCCCCUGCCCUUUCUUUGGCACAGGGGUUGGGGCUCCAAGUCAUACAGAUGUGGAGUUACCGUUUUGCUCUUGAGAGGACUUGGCUUAUAGCACUGCUUUUUUUGAGCUGUUCUAUUGCCCAGCAAUGGAUCAGUGAACUUUUACAGCCUUUCCUGGUACUGCAUCUCCUUGCUGGUUCUAGGUGGUUUCCAAGGGAAAGCUUUCUGCUGUGUGUUUCUUGUAAAGUUAUGGUGUUCUUGAUAUGCUUAAGAAAAAGCAAAGCUGACUACAUAAAAUGUUACCAAAUGCAUGUAUGGAGAAGCAAAACAAGAAUCUUGCUCUUGUUUUAACAUCUUUUUACAGCUCUGGUAGCUCAAGGUGUUAGAAGGAGCAAGAGCUUUAUACAAGGUAGGAGCCGCAUGGCUUUUUCAUUUUAGUUGACUGCAGUUUUUGAAACGCAGAGCUGAAGUUUGAGCUAAGUGCUUAUCCUGGUACAGAAUUAAGUAUACCAUAGCUCCGGGCUAAGACAUUCCCAGUGUGUGUGGGAACAGCUGACCUCAUGCUUCAACCUCCACAGGACCUAAGUGGAUUUAUUCAUGUGUUUAAAGUCGGCACAUAUGCUUCUGUACAUUGCUAAGCCACAGCCUCUGCGACAAACAACUCAAGAUUCUUAACUAUCUAACAAGGGUGAUUACUUGAAGGGUGAGUAACAUCAUUUCACUCAGGAUAUCCAAAGUGCUACUAUGCAAGGUGCUGGCAUAGUGUGAAAAUAACUGGGAAGGAUGGGUCUGAGUUUUUUCCAAUACUAUAACUCUGUAUAUUCCCAUUAAUGUGUUAUGCUCUGAUAUUCCAGGUGGAGUAGAACACUGUUCUUUAGCAUUCAGCUGUCAUAGUCACUUCUUCUGUGGUGGGUUGGGGGUUUUUUUUGGGAGUUUUUUUGGUGUGUGUACACAAAGUUCAGUUUGUGAAAUUAAAUCUAUAAUGUACAGAUUUAUUAUAUCACUAAAAAGCCUGAGAAGAGGAUUUUUUAAAGAAAUAACUACUGCUGUACAUACAAUAAAAGCCAGUUGUCUCUGUGCA